AUAAAUUGCUUCCUUGCAGUCGACGGUUGCUCUCUGGCUCGUAGGAGGCGGAGUAAAGACUCCCCGUAACACGCGCCGCACGUGCCAGCGUUCUCCUGUUGCUCUCUCCAGCCACGGUGGGAAGAGCUGAGCCUAGGGUUUCUCCAAUGAAUCAUUCCGCGUGAACAAGGAAGAUAGGGAAGAAGGGUUUUGUUUCAAUUUUGCUUCCCAUCUCGCCCUAAUUCUUAUACUCUCCAGUUCUUUUGGAAUAGAGCUAACGCUGGAAUGGGCUUGACUUAUUAGUGUAGUUGUCUUCAGGACCACUGAUCCUGCACUACAACGGUGAGCUUGUUAUGGCUGCUGUUGAAGCUACUCAGGCAUCAGCAGGUCCUAGUUUCGCCCCAGAAGACCCAACUCUCCCAAAGCCUUGGAGGGGACUCAUUGAUGGAAGUACUGGCGUUUUAUAUUAUUGGAAUCCUGAAACAAAUGUUACCCAAUAUGAGAAGCCAGUUGGUUCAACACCUCCACUGCUUCCAGCUCUUCCUUCUUCAGUGCCACAGCUGAAUGCUGCUCAGAGCCAAUCUGCCCAAACUAUACCAUCAAAUGGGUCUUUUCCUCAACAACAUUCAGGGCAGCAAAAUUUUUCGCAGCCAUAUCAAUAUCAGCAGCAGAGUCAGCCUCAGGUACAAAUUCAACAAUCUGCUCAGCAGAUGCCGCACCAGCAAUUUCAGCAACCACCGUAUCAGCAGCAACCAAUGCAAAAUCAACAACCCAUGCAGGCUCUACAGCAGGCUUCCCCACAUUACUCACAGUUUCAGCAAUCCUCAUAUCAGCAAAUUCCAUACAUGCAAAGUCAAAUCAUGCCACGACCCCAAGGCCAAUUUCCAUAUCAUCCCGGGCAACAGCCACCAGCUUUUCAGUUUCCAUUCCAGCAAGGCCAGCAGUUACCAGGACCAAAAUUUCCCCAAGAUUCAACUGGGCAGCAACCUCUGGAGUCUCAAUCUGGUUAUCAACUGGGGCAACAGCUUCAAGGGCCCCAGGCUUCACUGCAGCAGAGCCAACCAUUGUCAGUUUCACCAAACACUCAUGAACAGGGACAGAACUCACAUAGUCAACAUACUGCACAAAAGCAGGGAAUGCAGUCGCAUGCUUCACAAUUCUUUAGACAACAGGAGACACUUCUACAAGGGCAGCAACCUUCAAAGCAGCAGUCGCAACAAAUUGGAUUUCCAGGAGUGGGGGAUCCCGGUCACCAAGAGACAAAGGUGGCAGGUCUCUCUCCAUCGAAGUUCGAGCAACCAGCUAAUUGUCAAUCACCAGGCUUACCUGUACAUGCCCAGAUACGGCAAUCUGGAGCUAAUGUUUUCCAACCACAGCUGCAACCUCAGCUUGGCGGCCCAGCCCUUAUUAACCACAAACAAGCUGGCAUGAGCCAAUCACAUCAGGUAACUUUGGAGUCUAGCCAUCAUCAAAUGCAAACCGGAAACUCCAUGUUUCCUAAUCAAUCGGGCCAACCGGUUCCUCAGCCUCCUAUGGGUUCAAAAAAUGGUUUUGAAGAAGACCAUCAUGAAAGAGGAGGAAGCGGCUUUUCUUCUUCCGGUAGGGCUGAGGCACCAAUGAUGCAUUCCGUACAGCCUAAACUCGCACCACUUCCAAUUGCACAAAAUAAACAGGAGAUGAGAUUGGGCGCGAUUCCUCCGAAGUUCCACUCUUCAGGUCAUGCUGGUGGUUCAAGCAUGCUACCAGGGCAUGCAAUGCCAAACAUGUAUAGUCAUUCUACCUUCCCAAAUUCAAGUCCAGUGAGACCACCUCCAAGAAUGGUCGGAGCUCCAGAUUCUCCAAAUGUUUCGGUUGAUGCAUAUCGCCAGCGACAUGAAGUUACAGCAAUGGGGGACAAUAUUCCUGCCCCAUUUAUGACAUUUGAAGCCACUGGAUUCCCUGCAGAGGUUCUGAGAGAGAUACAUGCUGCUGGUUUCUUGUAUCCCACACCGAUACAAGCACAAACUUGGCCCGUUGCAUUGCAGAAUAGAGACAUAGUGGCUAUUGCCAAAACUGGUUCUGGAAAGACGCUUGGCUAUGUUAUUCCUGCGAUAAUCCAUCUUAGUAGAUGCCGGAACAAUCCCCAACUUGGUCCUACAGUGUUGAUAUUGGCUCCAACUCGUGAGCUCGCAACACAGAUACAAGAAGAAACUAUGAAAUUUGGUAGAUCUUCACGAAUUUCUUGCACAUGCCUCUAUGGCGGUGCCCCGAAGGGCCCUCAGUUGAAGGACAUUGAGCGUGGCGUGGAUAUUGUUGUGGCAACACCUGGUCGGCUUAAUGACAUUUUUGAAAUGGGGAAGAUCAACUUUCGGCAGAUAUCAUUUCUUGUGCUUGAUGAAGCAGAUAGAAUGCUUGACAUGGGUUUUGAAUAUCAGAUCCGUAAGAUAGUUAAUGAGAUACCUCAUCGAAGACAGACUCUGAUGUAUACUGCUACUUGGCCUAUGGAAGUACGGAAGAUAGCUGGUGAUCUGCUUUUGAAUGCUGUGCAGGUUAACAUUGGCAGCGUUGAUGAGCUUGUUGCCAACAAGGCCAUCACACAGUAUGUGGAAGUGGUGUCACAAAUGGAUAAGCAGAGAAGACUCGAACAAAUUCUGAGAAGCCAGGAACGCGGAUCUAAGGUCAUCAUCUUUUGCUCCACUAAAAAGCUCUGUGACCAGCUUGCCCGCAACAUAGGCCGCCCCUUCGGUGCUAUUGCCAUUCAUGGAGACAAGUCUCAGCAAGAAAGGGAUCAUGUUUUAAACCAAUUUCGGACCGGAAAAUUCCCAAUUCUUGUUGCGACAGAUGUUGCUGCCCGUGGACUCGACAUUAAAGAUAUCAGGGUAGUAAUCAAUUAUGAUUUCCCAACUGGGAUUGAGGAUUAUGUUCACCGCAUAGGACGAACUGGUAGGGCUGGUGCCACCGGAGUAUCAUAUACCUUCUUAACCGAUCAAGAUUGGAAACACGCACCCGAACUAGUGAAGCUACUCGAAGGUGCAAACCAAGGCGUUCCGCCGGAGAUUCGGGAAAUGGCUGCUCGUUCUGGCCCCCCUCCCCAAAGGUUUCCCCCUCAUGGUGGAAUGAACAACCGUUGGGAUUCUAGCGGUAGCAAUGGUGGUAUUCGUAUGGAUCAUAGUGGUGGUCGAGGCAUGAGGGAAUUCAAUCGCGGGGGUGGCGGCAGUGGUCGGGGAUUUGGUGGACGUGGUGGUCGGGGUGACUUCUUUGUUGAUGGGCGUGGGGGGAAUAGGGGUCGUGGGUUUAGCAGGGGAGGUCGUGGCGGAAGGCUUGAUCGAGGUGGUCCACGUGAUCGUUUCCAAAACUCCGAUGGUCGUGGUCAUUAUGAAGGUGGAAGGGGGAGGGGGGGAUAUGGGGACAGGAUCAGAGAUCGAAGUUUCAGUCGUAGCCCUGAGAAAACUCGUGCAUGGAGAUACAACCGGAGUAGGAGCUCCAGCCGCAGUCGCAGUCGCAGUCGCAGUCGUAGCUGGAGUAGGAGCAGAAGCAGGAGUUGGUCUCCAAGAAGCCAUAGUCGGAGUAGGAGCCCUAGUCCUAGCAGGAGCUAUGAUAGAUAUGACCAGCCGCCGCGGGGCCGCCGUCGGGUAUCUGGAUUUGAUGUUCAAGUUGCUAGCGGGGUUGGACUUCAGGAGCAAGAGGCUGCAAAUCGAGUCUCAGGAUUCGAUGCUCCACCCUCCUCUACCCCGGCAGCUGGUAAUAUAUAUCCCGAGUCAAAGCCUGGAUUUAAUCCACCUUUUGCAGGUCAGAUGCCACCAAUGUCCCCCGGACAUGGCAACGGGACUUUCACAGGAGCUGAGAUUGGCAAUUAGCUGACAGGGAAUAAGCAGCCACCUUGAAGCUUGUGGUAUGUGAUGUGUUUGAAUGAUUUAGGUUAUAUAAUGCUCUGCUUAAUCUGUAUGGCCAUUGAUGAAACUGAGAAUUAUAUAAUUACUCUGUUUUGAAUGGGUUUAACUUCUACAAGAAUGGAGGACUACCAAAGUUUGGGGACACAAACGGCAGGUCUGAAAAUUUUAAUUUGGCGCUGGCUCAGGUUUCACUUUCCAUUCAUACAUUUUGUUUUAGAUGUAUUGUUUCUUCUUCUUCUUUUUUUUUUUUUUUCUUAAUUUUAAUUUUGAUAUUAAGUUGAUAUAAUGGAAUCCUGAGGAUGGAGCUGUUAGAGUGUUAAGUUUUUAAAUAUUGUAUGAUUAUUACUCUUAUAAACUUGAUUUUUAGUGACAAAUUUAAGUUAA